AUUCUCAUUUUUACUGUUCUUACAAUGGUUAUUCCAUUUUUGUAAAACGAAUCUAGAUUUUCAUUUCAAUUACACAAAAAUACAUUUAUUUAAUAUUUUUCAAACUUCUUACAAUAAUGGCUAAUAUACUAGAAAGAGUUCGAAAUAUAUAUAUGGAGGAUUUCAAGAAUUUCAGAGAUCCCAGGAACGAAGAUUCGUUUUUAUCUACGUUUCCUUUUUAUAUCACAUUCGUAGUGUUGUACAUAUCUACAGUUAAAUACAUUGGACCGGCAUUUAUGAAUAAAAGGCAACCUUUCAAUCUCAGAAAUAUUUUGAUUGUUUAUAACUCUAUUCAAAUAAUUGUCAACUUAUAUAUAUUUUACGAGUCUUUUAUAAUAAUCAAAGAUUCCCCAAGUUAUAUAUGUAUACAGUCUGGAAAACCUGAAUGGUUUAACUCAUGCCAGCGACAUUAUUUGUACCUCAAAAUGUUUGACUGUACUGAAACCGUUUUUUUUGUACUAAGGAAAAGCUAUAGGCAGAUAAGUUUUCUUCACGUAUAUCAUCACUGUAUAAUAUUAUAUGCGGCGUGGUGUGGUUAUACAUAUUACUGGGGAGAUAAUGUAACGAUUGUUCCUCUGUUGAACAGCUUUGUUCAUUCAUUGAUGUUUUUUUAUUACUUACUGACUUCUGUCAAUGCCAAAUGGAAAGAAAAUUUGAGAAUGAAAAAAACUAUCACAAAAAUACAAAUAAUUCAACUAAUAACAAUGUGUCUACAUAACGCUAUCUCAAUCUCACUUACCGAUUGUGAAGGUAGCUUAAAAGUCUUACCUGGAUUAAUGUGGAUUUUUAACAAUAUUAUCAUGGUCUACUUGUUUUUAAACUUUUAUAAAAAAGCCUACUUGAAUAAUAAGAAGAAGGAAUAAUGAAAUAAUAAAAAAAACCUAUUACCCUAUAAUACAAAUAAAGAAAUAUAAUUUUUAAAGAAUCCUUAAUGUGAAUAAAUUAUUAUCGAUGUUAAGUUAACUUUUAGUUUAAAUUGCAAUACUUGCAAAGUGAUUCUGACAAAUGAGGAUAAACAAGAAAUUGGAGGACUGCCUCUUGAUAUCUAAUAUAUGAACAAUAUAUAUAA